AUGUCAUUAUUUUCGAAAAAAGAAUAGAAGAAACAACCUACACAAUUUAUGGAAUUUGAUUAACUUGCUGCUAAAAAGUAUAAUUAUGACUCAAAGAAAGCUAAUGAAUAGUCUGUAAAAUAAGAAUAGUAUAUUAAUGAUUUAAGAAAAGCGUAUGAAUUCCAAAAAAAAUUAGUUAUGAUUAGCAAAGAGUUGAAAUUGAACCCAUCUUUUAAAAAAUUGAGAUACUCUAGGUAGAAAGAAAAUAAUUAAUGGACGAAGUUGAACAAUACAAAAUGAGUCAAAUGGAAAUUCUAAAGAAGUAUGAAGGAGAAUAUCAGGAAAAGGAGAGACUUAACAAAGAAUGCUAAAAAUACAAAUAAUAAAUUUUAGCACUUUAAAAGAUGUAAAUGCCUUAAGAGUUUUAAGAAAAAAAAUGUCAAGAAUUAAAAGAGUCAUUAUUUAAUACUAUCAAAGACAUUAUGAAUGACUUUUUGGAAAAUUACAAUGAUUAGAUGGGUUACGACAAUGAUAAUUAGGGUAUGAAUUCUUAUAACAGUAGUAUCUGACACUUUGUUCCAGGAUUUACUUUAGUAGAUUGAUGACUCGAUAUUGAUGUUUGUCGAAAACUUACCAGCUUAAUCCAGUAGACAGUAUUAAUCAGAAGAAGUUUAACAUCUCAAAGAAUAAAUAGAAAAAACUUUGUAAACUGUAGCUAAUUUGCAAUCUCAAAAUUAAGACUUAGUUAUGUCCUUAGAAUCUGAAAAGUAGCUCAAAGACAAAAUUAACAAUCAGAAGAAUACUCAAUAAUAAGUGGUUAGUUAAUUGCAAAAUUAAAUUGAGCAAUUAAUUAAUGAGAAAAAGACAGUUGAUCAAUAACUAUAAGAAAUUUAGAAUAAAUAUUAGGAAUUGUCAAAAGAAUUUCAAAAUUUGAAUUAAAUUAAAGAAGAUGAAAAAGAAAAGCUAAAAAGCGAAUAUAUAGCUUUGGUAAACGAAUUACAGAAGGAAAUUCAAAAGGUGUAAUAAGAAAAUUCUAAAGUUUUAUAAUAAAUUGAAGAGAAGAGUACAGAACUUAGUACAUAAACUGAACAAUUUAAUAACAAAAUCAGAGAUUUGGAAACAAAAUUGAAUCAUGAAGAAUUAAAAUAAGAAUAGAAAAGUAAAGAAGUAUGAUUAUUCAUAUUAUAUAGUUACUCAGAAAUGAAAGAGAAUUGAAUCAAUAUAAGGCUGAAGCUACAAAAUUGUUUCAAAGCAAUAAUCUAUUACAAUAACAAUUAGAUUCUUUUAAAGAAAAAAGGAAAUAAGAGAAAGAAAUAUUUGAUGAUUAAAAGGAGAAAUUGAAAUAGAUGAAAUUAUAAUUAUAAUAGUAAGAAUAGGAAUACUCAGCAAAAAUUACUUAACUUGAAGAAUAAAUUCAAUUGCUUCAAUAAAAAACUGAAAGCACAGUUUCAUCAGAGAUUUCUAUCAAUCCAGAAAUAGUUAUGGAAAAAGAAUUAUAAAUGUCGAAAUUAGAAUAAGCUAUCUAAGAGUAUUAUAUUAAAUUAUAAUAGAUUAACUUAAAAAAACAGUGAGUUAAAAUAAAAAAUAGCUGAGAAUAAAAUACAGAUUAAUGAUUUGAAUCAUGAGUUAGAAUAAUAGAAGCUGACUAAUCAUUAACAUCUAGAGAAAAGAGCUAUUGCAUUAAAUGAAUUGAAUCGCUUGGAACAAUAAAAUUAACUAUUAAAAUAGGUAGAAUUUUAUAUUCAUAUAGAAAAUAAAUGAUCUAAAUUCUACUAGCAAAUAAUUACAAUUAGAAAAUUAAUAGAUAUCUUAAAUGAUCAAUCACUCAAAAUAAUAACCUGCUUCAACUAUGCAAAAGUAAAUGCUGAAUCAAAGCAUUUCAAAAACUCCUAUGGUAGAACAAAAUAAUUUAGAUUCAUCUAUGAUAUCUGAUGGAGAGAGCUAAAUAUCCAAGAAUUCUAAGACUCCUUCCAUUCUUAAGAAAGGCUUAAAUUAUUUCAAACCAAAAUCUCAACCCAUUUAAUUUGUACACAUAUCUCAUUAUUAUAUUAGUAAGAAAAUUCAGAUAUGAAAAUUGCUGUGACUAUGAUUCAUAAAUAGACGGAGGACUUAAAAUACAAUUUAGAAUAACUCUAUAAAUGUUUUUUGUCGACAGUCCUUUUAACUUAAAAUAGUGAGGAUGCUAAAUUUCUUAAGUUUGAAAGGGAAAUAAACGAAUGUUUGAAGAAAACUUAAGAUUUGAAUGAUAAUAUUGAAGACUUCUUGAUAUUAUGA